GAUACGGGGCAGGGCUGGGCAGGGCAGAGGGGAGAGGGCAGGGAGGCGCGGGGCACCCCCGCAGCCCCGGCUCGUGAAGGAGGAGCUGGGCUGUCCCCAGACCCUCGGGGACAGCGCCGGGACCCCACGGGCUGCAGCCAUGGAGGGUCCCCGGCAGCCGCCCCGGCCCUGCUCGCUGCUGCUCCUGCUGCUGCUGCCCACGCUUCAGGUGCAGGGGACUCAUCCCGACUGCUCCAUCGUCCUCCACUUCCAGGAGCUGGAGGCGGAAUGUCUGCAGAGGAUCCGGAGCGAGCGGCAGAGCCCGGGGCAGGCGGGGCAGGGCUGCCCGACCGAGUGGGACGGGGUGAGCUGCUGGCCCGCCCUGCCCCUUGGCCAGUCCCGAGGUGUCGCCUGUCCCGAGAUCCUGAGCGUCUUCAAGAAGUCCAAAGGGCUGAUCCAGAGGAACUGCACCGAGUGGGGCUGGAGCCCCCCCAGCCCCCCCUACCACAGCACCUGCCAGCUGGAGACCCUGGACAGCAGCAACGACACCGAGGCCAAGAGAGGCCAUUUUGUCACCAUGAAGGUGCUCUACACCUGUGGCUACUCCACGUCGCUGGCAGCGCUGCUCCUGGCCAUCGGCAUCUUCUGCUGCUUCAGGAAGCUGCACUGCACCAGGAAUUCCAUCCACAUCCACUUCUUCACCUCCUUCAUCCUGCGGGGCACGGCCGUGUUCAUCAAGGACCGCGUCCUCUUCUCGGACGAGUCCAUCGACCACUGCACAAUGUCCACGGUGACCUGCAAGGCAGCCAUCGCCUUCUUCCAGUACUCAGUGCUGGCCAACUUCUACUGGCUGCUGGUGGAGGGGCUGUACCUGCAGACGCUGCUGCUGCUCACCUUCACCUGCGACAGGAGCUACACCUGGGGCUACGUCCUCAUCGGCUGGGGUGUCCCCAUGGUCACAGUCGGGGUGUGGGUGCUCACCAGGCUCCAGUAUGACAACCACGGGUGCUGGGAUGACUACUCCAGUGUGUACUGGUGGGUGAUCAAGGCUCCCAUCCUCCUGGCCAUAUUUGUGAACUUCCUCAUCUUCCUCAACGUCACCAGGAUGUUGGCACAGAAGAUCCGGUGCCCGGACCUCAGCAGAACCCACAAGCAGCAGUACAUGAGGCUGACCAAGUCCACGCUGCUGCUCAUCCCCCUCUUCGGGGUGCACUACGUGGUGUUCGCGCUCUUCCCCGAGCACGUGGGCGUGGACGCCCGGCUCUACUUCGAGCUGGUGCUGGGCUCCUACCAGGGCUUCCUGGUGGCUCUGCUCUACUGUUUCCUCAACGGGGAGGUCCAGGCUGAGAUCAGGAGGAACUGGGGCACGUGGCAGAGGUCCAUGGAGAGCAACGUCUUCAACCUGGCCACCCAGGACUUCACAGCGUGAGCAGGACAGUGCUCCUGGGCUGGAGCAGCUCCGUGCCCCCAGAAAGGCCCAAACCCCCUGAUUUCGGGGGUUCUGGGUCUGGCACCUUCAGAGGGUGUUGGCAACAACCAUGGGAGAGGCUCUGCCUUCUCAGCCCUGGUGGAUCUUGCACCCUGUGGUAGCACCUCACCCCCAGGGCUCUCACUGCUUUGGGGCAGAGUUUCAGGCAAAGGGAAGAGAAGUUCUCCACUUUUCUGCCCGAAACUGGGGAGGAACACAAAAAUCCCUCUCCAAGGGACAGCUGGUGGGUUUUGUUUGCACUGAAGGAAAAGGAGCAGCACCGAUACUGGAGGGAUUCACUGAUUGAUGUUUUCCCCCUUCCUUUGUUUAUAAAAUCAUUUCCCAUCUGGGAAGAUUCCUAAACACAGCCAAGAGCCCCCCUGGGGAUGGAGGGAGGAUACAGAGAGGCAAAACCCCACACCUCUACAAGAGACCCCCAGUGGCCUCAGGACCCAGUUGCUCCCCAGUUCCCAAAACGCUUCCCUUUCUCCCGUGUGGGUUGAUCAAAUUGGAGAUGUUCCCUUGCCAGGAGAGCUCUCCCAGUCCUUUGCUCUGAGGAAUGGGACUCAUGUGGCUUCCUUGGGGGGUCUUUUUCCAGGGACAGGAAGGGCUUUGACAAUAAAAUCUCAUUCCAAGUCCA